CAAAGCUGGGGGGCUGUAGAAUAAGCCCCAUUUCUUGCUGCCUGUCUGUAGGUCUGUCUUAGCUGCAGGACCCAGUCCUGCAGCUACAUGAAUAGGUCACGUCUCUAACACCCCUUUCACCCCAAACUGCUUUACAGACUGAGAGGGAACUGCUCACCCAGCACCGAGAUGCAGCCACCUCUGGGGUGAGGUGCGGCGGCUGGUUAUAUAGGGAUUCCUCGCCUAGCACCGAGAUGCAGCUGCCUCUGGGGUGAAGUGCAGGGGCUGAUGCAGCCGCCUCUGGGGUGAGGUGCGGCGGCUGGUUAUAUAGGGAUUCCUCGCCCGGCACCGAGAUGCAGCCGCCUCUGGGGUGAGGUGCGGCGGCUGGUUAUAUAGGGAUUCCUCGCCUGGCACCGAGAUGCAGCUCCCUCUGGGGUGAAGUGCAGGGGCUGGUUAUACAGGGAUUCCUUGCCCGACACCGAGAUGCAGCUGCCUCUGGGGUGGGGCACGAGGGCUUUUUAACAGCCCCACACCAACGCUGCCAUGAGUUUGACAGGAAAGGCAAAUCCCGUCUGUAAGGGAGCCUGUCGGGGCCGUUUAGGGGGCGUGAAUGUCACACCCCACGCUGAGAUUGGGCCGGGACACCAGGGUCACACCCUGCUGGUCACUGAAAACCGCUCAGACCCCUCCACGUCCGGCCCUCCCUGAGUGGGGCUGGUGACGAGGGGGCUGUGCCCCCAGACGGGCUGAAGGGUCCCCAUAGCUGGAACGAGCCCUCCACGGGCCCAGCCAGGUGAGUGUUAGUGUCUGGGCUGCCUGCCUGGCAGGGACCCAAGGGCAGUGCCCAGCACUUGGCGGGGGUCCCGUCCCUUGGGGCAGCAGGGGUGUGGCCACUGCACUCGGACUGAGCUGGGACCCCCCCCCCCGCAUGCCGGGCUGGGUGAGCCAGGCGCUAGGCCCCCCGGGCUCCCGGACGAGCCCAUCUCGGAGCUGGUGGUGGCGUCCCAGCAGCCGCUCCCUGGCUGGACCCUUCUCCAGACACUGCAGCUGGGAGCUGGGGAGGGAGGAACAUUUGGGGCCAGCGCAGCGGCUCAGCUCCCACUGGCAGGACCCAGUGGGGUGUGGGGCAGGCCAGGCUGGACGGGUGCUGUGGGGUACUGGCGUCUCACCCCUUGAGCCCCCCUUGCCCUCAGGAAGCCUGGGCACCGACACAGAGGAGCGGCUGGUUGAGCACCUCCUGGACCCGUCCCGCUACAACAAGCUGAUCCGCCCGGCCACCAACGGCUCGGAGCUGGUGACCGUGCAGCUCAUGGUGUCGCUGGCCCAGCUCAUCAGCGUGCACGAGCGGGAACAGAUCAUGACGACCAACGUGUGGCUGACACAGGAGUGGGAAGAUUACCGCCUCACCUGGAAGCCAGGGGACUUCGACAACAUGCGGAAGGUGCGCCUGCCCUCCAAGCACAUCUGGCUGCCGGACGUCGUCCUCUACAACAAUGCCGACGGGAUGUACGAGGUCUCCUUCUACUCCAACGCGGUCGUCUCCUACGAUGGCAGCAUCUUCUGGCUGCCGCCGGCCAUCUACAAGAGCGCCUGCAAGAUCGAGGUGAAGCACUUCCCCUUCGACCAGCAGAACUGCACCAUGAAGUUCCGCUCGUGGACCUACGACCGGACGGAGAUCGACCUGGUGUUGAAGAGCGACGUGGCCAGCCUGGAUGACUUCACGCCCAGCGGUGAGUGGGACAUCAUCGCCCUGCCGGGGCGGCGGAACGAGAACCCCGACGACUCCACCUACGUGGACAUCACCUACGACUUCAUCAUCCGCCGCAAGCCGCUCUUCUACACCAUCAACCUCAUCAUCCCCUGCAUCCUCAUCACCUCGCUGGCCAUCCUGGUCUUCUACCUGCCCUCCGACUGCGGCGAGAAGAUGACGCUCUGCAUCUCCGUGCUGCUGGCCCUCACCGUCUUCCUGCUGCUCAUCUCCAAGAUCGUGCCGCCCACCUCGCUGGACGUGCCGCUGGUGGGUAAGUACCUGAUGUUCACCAUGGUGCUGGUGACCUUCUCCAUCGUCACCAGCGUGUGUGUGCUCAACGUGCACCACCGCUCGCCCACCACCCACACCAUGCCGCCCUGGGUCAAGGUGGUCUUCCUGGACAAGCUGCCCACUGUCCUCUUCAUGAAGCAGCCGCGCCAGAACUGUGCCCGCCAGCGGCUGCGCCAGCGCCGGCAGAACCAGGAGCGCAGCAGCAGCAGCUUCUUCCGGAGGGAGAGCGCCCGCUCCUGCACCUGCUUUGCCAACCAGGCCACCAUCAAGAAGUUUGGCGCAGGGGGCGGCCGGCAGUUCACCGAGGCGGCUGACAGUGCCAAUGGCUACCGGGAGCGGCAGGGGCAGGCCCCGGCGCCCAGCCAGCAGUGCUGCUGCGGGGUGGAGGAGGCGGUGGAUGGGGUGCGCUUCAUCGCAGACCACAUGAGGAGCGAGGACGAUGACCAGAGCGUGAGCGAGGACUGGAAAUACGUGGCCAUGGUGAUCGACCGCCUCUUCCUGUGGAUCUUCGUCUUCGUUUGUGUCUUCGGGACCAUCGGCAUGUUCCUCCAGCCGCUCUUCCAGAACUACGCCACCAACUCCCUGCUGCAGCUCAACCACGGCCCGCCCAGCUCCAAAUAGGGCUGGGGGAAGGCAGGCGGUCCUGCCCCGUGCGCACGGAGCCAUCACCCCACGGCAGACAGGGGCCUGGUGCGCGUGGCUGCAGCACGCAGGCCCCGGGGAGUCUGGGGAGGGGGUGUCAGGGCCUUGCUGCUGAUUUCAGUGCUGCCUCCGCCCGAAGGGGUCCUGGCUCCCGCAGCUGGGGGGCUCCACGUCCGCCCCAUUGAGAGCAAAGCCCCAGAAGGAGACAGGAGGAGACAGGCUGGGCACAGCUCAAGGUGCCCUGGUCCUUCCUGGGGGGACAGGACUGCUCCAGGAACCGCGCUUGGGGGGCAAGGAGGGCUCCCCUCCCCCAGAGAUCAGCGAGGCCAAACGGUCCCCACAGCAGCGAGGCGUGAGUGGAGCGGGGCCCUCGAUCUCUACCAGGUCGCAUGCGGCCGGGGGCAAGGCUGGCUGGGGACGCUGCAGCUCAGCAGGGCAGGGCGCAGGCAGCAGCUGGGGGUGAACGGGCCCCAGACACGUCUUCUGGACUGAGCCUGGAGCCCGUUGCUGCAUUCAGCCAGCUGUGUCCCUGGAAGCUCGGCGGGCGGGGGGACGGGGACGCUGCCCUGGGCAGCCUCAGACGUCCGCUGCUGCUUCCAAUGUCACUGCAGCCCAAUAAAUAAUCACAGGGAACGGGGGGGAGGGGGGAUUUCUUUAAAACCUGGUUUAAUUUGACCCCCUUUUAUUUCUAAGCCCCCUCGUCAUGGGGCGCCCCGGAGCAGGGGAGAGGCAGGGCUGGGAGGGCACAAGGGCUGCAGCUCUCCAGGCGGACGUGGAAGGGGAGAUCUGACCCUCUUAAAGGCAAAGACACAGGCCAGUGUGGACACAGGUAGCGAGCCCUGCAGGGACAGAGUCAGGCUGCCCUGGGGCUGAGCAGGCACCUCCCCUUCUUGUUCCAGUUGAAACAGUCGGGGGCAGAAUCCUGGGUCAGGUGGGAGCAAGAGCUCAGCAGGUUGCGGGGCCCAGGGAUCGCCAAGAGGAGCAGCAGCUCCUGGUUCUGGCUGCAGGCACAAGAUCUCUGAGCCCAGCGAGGGCUGUUCCUGCACCUCUGCUUAUGCAGGCGCCUGUCGCAGCCCAAGCAGCGUCCCUUUCUCGUGGCAAUUUACACGCUGUUAAAUCCGAGCCAGAGUGCACGUAGGGGCCCCGCACCUGGCACGCCCCGGCGAGGGCUCUUGUACCACCGGAGAUCACGAUCGGGCUGCAGCAGGCUGCGGCGUCAGUGCCGAUGCCGGUGGAAGAUGUCAGUGAAACACAGGCACCAACGUGCAGCAAAGCUGGAUUUCACCAGUGUCACAGAGGGUGUUAAAGUGCGUCGUGCUGCAAGGCGGCGCACGGGGCAAAGGGGAGGCAGGUUUAGCUGAUGCCACUGGGACCUCCACUGAGCGAGAGAGGGAUUAUUACAGCCACGGGCCAGUUCGAUCGGGAUCCACGGGCCAGCUCGAUCGGGAUCCUUGCAGACACACCCAGGAGUCGCACGUGGCCCCAGGUUGCUCUGCUCGUUUCCCUCUGCAAGACGCUGAGGGUGGCUCGUCAGAUCUCAGUAUGACUGUCAGUCCACUGCCUGCUCCUUCCGACGGAGCCCUAGGGCCGUCCCCUGACGGGUUCCAGCUCUGCUGGGGGGCGAGGCGCAGCAGAUACAGCCGCAGUGCGAUUAGAAACCGUGUCCAGGCCCCUGGCUGGUGCCCUGGAGCUGAUGGGUGGAGGGAGAUGAACAGUUCAUGUGCAGAAUGGAAACGCAGGGCCGGUGCCACGGUCCCUGGGCAGGCAAGAAUUAGCCUCCCUGGGGGAAAUUUGAAAUCAAGCAUCUCCUAUAAAUAGCGCUAAUCCUCCAGGCUGUGUGGCAGGGCGGCACGGAGCAGAGGGACAGGCUGAGCACAUCCUGCUGCUGCUCUGUAAACAAUCACAGCCAGUAAUUUCUCAGCUUCCCCCCCAGCCAGGCAUAGAGGGUCCCAGCCUGCUCCCGAACAGCCGGCCGCUGGUAGAUUGCCACUGACACUGCACCCAGCUUUGCCCUCCAGGGCAGCAGGACUAGAUUUUAGUGAUAUUUCAAAUCUAAAGAUGUUUGAGUCUGAAACACUUGUGCCAGAUGAGCCCCCACGGGCCGGAGAACACUGGCCUUGCUGGUCAGCUACCCACUGAGCGGUCAGGAUCAUGGUCCC